AUGGACAUCUUGGGAGAGUGCGUCACGGGGGGCCGGCUGAGCGCCGAGGAUCUCCUCUGCACCUACAUCGAGCACCGGGUGCUGCCACUCCAGAGGCGGGUCCACAAGAUCGGGCACAUGUCCGGCCGGCUUGAUCCAACCCGGACGUCGAAGCUGGCGCUCACCAAGGCCCAGCUUUUCAACCGCCAAGGUAUUGAGGACGGCGAUCUGGCGCAGAACAUCUGGACCCCGGAUCAUAUUGAUCCGGCUGACCAGGCUGGCGACCAAGCCGGCGAUGACGAUCUGCCGGUGGUGCCAGACCAAGGCGGCCAGGGGGAGCACAACCCACUGCCUUCACCGGAGCACGAGCCGGAGCCGGAGGAGCCGUCGGAGUCUGGUACAGGACCUAUCCCUGCGGUGCCCCUGCGCUCGAGGCCGCCCGGCGCCUUGGCGGCUUCUGCACCCCAGGGGAGGAAGCGAGCCGGCGGCGGGUCCACGGCCAAGCUGGAAGCUAGGGCCAAGAAGCAGCACCGGGUGGGGCCCAAGAAGGUUCCAGAGGCAGCCGGGGCUGCCAUCAAGUUUACCCAGGGCGGCGGCUCUCGGCCGCCUCCCCGUGUUGAGCCAAUGCUCUUGCGGCAGAGGAGGGAGUCGACCCCGCAGUCGUCGAUGCGCGCGCCGCCCGUCGUGAUCGUGCCGCCUGCAGGCACGUCUUCAGCUGCGCCUUCUGCGGUGCCCAGUCGUGGCACCCAGGGUGAGCCGGUCCACCGGCCCAUGUUGGAUGAGAUGUUUCCGCGCCGCGCUCCUCUGUUGGGGCCUGCGGCCGGGGCCGGCAGGGGUGCGCCGCCAGCGACCGGGGCUGGAGCCGGCGGGGGCUGCGUCGCCCGAUACAGGAGGCUGGGGCCAGCGGGGCUGCGCCGCCUGAAGCUGGAGCUGGGGCCAGCGGGGCUGCGCCGCCUGAUGCUGGAGCCGGCGGGGCUGCGCCGCCGGAGGGAACCCGAGGCUGCCCGGGUCCCACAGCUGGAGUCGGACCUUUGGGCCGCCCGCGCCCAAUGCGCCGACAGUGAGGAGGCGGGCCGAGCUGCUGCUGCCAAGCUGAAGGUGGCUGAUGGGGAGCUGACACGGCUGCGCAAGCUUGAGGCCAAUCACCUCAAGGAGCUGGCCGCCCUCAAGAAGGAUGGGGAGGAAAAGCUGGAGGGCUUGAGCAAGCGGCUGGAGGAGGUGGAACGGCAGUGGCUUGCCCUUCGCGAAGAGGUGAACUCCAAGUCCAAGGAGCUAUCUUUGACAUGUUUCUUCUUUGCAGCGGCCUUCCCUGAGGCGCAGGAGGCGGCAUUGACGGCGGUUGGCAAGGCGCGGGAGGCGCGCCGGCAGGCUACUGGGGAGCAGAGCUCCGCUUUCUUCACCAUGGAUGACUAUCUGGCGUCCAUGGCCGCCCGCCCGAUUUACGUCACAGUCGAUGCUGUAGCGGAUUUCGCCGAUCAAUUCACCCGACUUGUGGCUGAAAACUCCCAACUUCGAAAGACUAUCAGAUCUUCGGCUGACCAGGUGCUUGAAGCCAACACGCUCGCUGCCGAUGCCAAGAAUGAGAACGCCUUGCUGAAGGAGGAGGUGAAGAAGCUGAAGUAG